AUGGCCAAAGACGGUAAAAGAACGCCGGCAGUCACCGUCCAAUCGCACGUCUAUGCCUUUUGUCGCAUCUACCGCCGUCAGCUCCAUACACUUGUGCUGGUCGCGAUACUGCUGAGCAUCGCGUCAAUGAUGACGCGGAUCAUGGAACUCUCUACCGCGUCGGGCGGUUUGUACGGGAGUCAGUCGGCGCGCAGUGUUUUGCGCUCCGAGUCGUCUGAUGGCUACGCGGUAGUGUUAUCUGUUGCUGGCAGAGGGAGCCAGCGCCCAGAGCCUCAUGUCGCACGUGCAGAUUCGACGACGUCGAUUACGGAACGAGCGGCGAAACUGAGCGUGGCGCAACAAGCGCCACUCAAGUUUGUCGUCGAGCAACCUACGAGACCGCCUUACGUCUACGAAAGUAACAAGACACGGGACGAGUGCUAUGCGCGACGAGAUAUGGGGAUCUUUGAUACUGUGCGUCGUUCGGCCAGGACUUUUUGCGCCAAUGGAGGGUGGGACGGCUCGAAACUGGCGCCCGUGAGUGCGAAUCAAGCGACCAAAGUGUCGACGUACCGCAUUGCCAAGAGCAUUCGCAGUGCAACGUUCCAGAACCUCAUGCUGGAUUUCGUGAAUGUGUCGAUCAAAGCGCCCAUUAAAAGCAUAAAAGACGAUGGGGGUGGGCACGAUCCGAGGUUCCAGUUCAACAUGAAGCUGGUGAAUUGCGCGUGCGACGAAUUCGCGAGCUAUUAUCGUAAUGAGCUGUCGGGGUAUAAAGAGCGCAAAUAUGAAAUGUUGUGGCACCCCCACUUGAUGCCAGUGCCGAAACGUGGCAUCCCAAAUCCAUUGAUUUGUUCGGAGAGGAGACCGAAAGCAACAAACCGAUCGGCGUGGGACUUUGUGAACAAUCCACUUACAGCGCCAGAUGACCACGAGACGGUGGUGUUCGAAGACCCUGUCGUGUUGAUGGCACGCCAUGACGACCACAACCCAUUUUUUCAGCUGUCGAACGCGUUGAACGCGUGGAUUAUGCUCACGGCGCUAGAGUGGGAUACUGCGAAGACCCGUGUGAUUCAUCUGGAUGCGGGGUACCCUUCACCCUACGAUGCAUUGCAAAGAGUCAUGUUGGGACCCAACUAUGAGAUUAUUGAUGGCGCAACGCUGAUCGGUAAACGUGUACACUUUCGUGGGGAUGUGUUGCUCAGUGCGUUUGAGUCGUCUGGGCCCUUGAUGGAGCAUCUAGGUAAGGCUGAGCCGUGCUAUGACUCCGAGUUGCUGAAGACGUUCCGCGCGCAGUCUCUUCUCAAGAUGAACAUAACGCCGGAAGUUGAACGUGGGCUCGGUGUGUCCAGGAUCCGACCAAUGUAUGUGACCGUGAUUACUCGCCGGCCAUACUUGGGACGUAAGCUGCAACGCAUAUGGGUGAACGAGGACGAGGUGAUGGCAAAGAUGCGGAAGGACUACAAAGAUUUGAACGUAGAGUUCCGCUCGAUCGACUACGUGAACAUUACGCUACAUGAGCAGAUGAAGCUUACUAUCGAGAGCGACAUGGUGGUCGGCAUGCACGGUGCUGGUCUGGUCAACGUGAUUUGGACGCGCCCAAUGACUACGGUGGUGGAGAUUUUCCCAAAGAAGAAGCGUCGUUACGGGUAUCGGAAUAUAUGCCAACUCGUGGGAUGUGACUGGCACGAGUUUCGUGGCGGCAAGGACAUUGGAGGUGGCUUGGAUCCGAACUCUAAGAACAAGCGUAUUCCAUAUGCCGAGUGGAAGACGUAUUUCCAUCCGGUGUUUCAGCAAGCGUAUGACGCUUAUGAGGAGCGACAGGCUGUGUUGCAUGGGCAAGCGCUGUAG